GUUCUGGUAACAGCCGCGGCGGCAGGAUGGCCUCCGGCUUUAAGAAGGCACACGCUGUCUCCGCCAGCCAGAAGAAAAAAGUGGGUCCUAAGCCUGAACUCACUGAAGAACAGAAGCAAGAAGUCCGGGAAGCGUUUGACCUCUUCGACUCGGACGGCAGCGGGACCAUCGACGUGAAGGAGCUGAAGGUGGCCAUGAGGGCGCUGGGCUUCGAACCCCGGAAGGAGGAGAUGAAGAAGAUGAUCGCCGACGUGGACAAGGAGGGCACCGGGAAGAUCAGCUUCAACGACUUCCUGGCCGUGAUGACGCAGAAGAUGGCCGAGAAGGACACCAAAGAAGAAAUCUUGAAGGCUUUCAAGCUCUUUGAUGACGACGAAACCGGGAAGAUCUCUUUCAAGAACCUGAAGCGUGUGGCCAACGAGCUGGGCGAGCACCUGACGGAUGAGGAGCUGCAGGAGAUGAUCGAUGAGGCCGAUCGCGACGGAGACGGCGAGGUGAGCGAGGAAGAGUUCCUUCGGAUCAUGAAAAAGACCAACCUGUAUUAAAGUCAGUUAAGAGAGAGGUUAAAGUGACUCGCUGGGUUCCUCGCUUCCAUUUUGGGAUACCUCGACUUAGAGGACAGCGGCUGUCGGUCCCUUCUCUACCCCCUCUAUUUGUUUAUAUCUAUUUCCAAAUCUCUAACUCAAUUAUAGUAUUUGACAGAUGC